AAAACAUACCUACCCAAAACACAUAAACACGACAAUAAACCUACCCAAAAACCCAAGAGGAAAAAAAAAAACCCCACCCAAAACCUAAAUUUGGUCGAAGCCAAACAGCAGUCUUUUAUUCUUCAACAAAUCAACUUCUUGUUCAGUUGUUGUUCCCUCUCUAAAGUACUGUCUCACUGAAACCCAUUAAAGAGAUAUGGAGGAACUUAAUUUUAUCAAAGAAGAGAAUGCGGAGGAACUAGAUCAAAGCCUUAAUCAACACGAGAAUGAGGGAGUACCAGAGAACUCACUCCUUGAGGUGAAAGAAGAACAUUCACUCCUUGAGGUGAAGCAAGAACAGGAGCAGGAGCAGGAACCAAAACAAGAACAAGAAGAGGAACAGGAACAGGAACAGGAACAGGAAAAAGAACUACAACAAGAAGAUGUUGCUACUACUGCGGGUGGUGGCGAAAGGUGGCCAGGGUGGCCAGGGGAAAGUGUAUUCCGCAUGCUGGUCCCUUCACAAAAAGUAGGUAGUAUUAUUGGACGCAAGGGAGAGUACAUCAAAAAAACAGUUGAAGAAUCAAAAGCUCGUAUCAAGAUUCUCGAUGGUCCUCCUGGAACUUCUGAGAGAGCAGUAAUGGUAUCUGCCAAGGAGGAUCCCGAUGCCUCUCUUCCACCUGCUAUAGAUGGUCUUCUGAGGGUUCAUAAACGUGUUGUUGAUGGGCUGGAGAGUGAUUCUUCUCAUCCUCCUCCAGGUAUACCUGGAAAGGUCUCGACAAAGCUGCUGGUGCAAGCAGCACAGGCUGGAAGUCUAAUUGGAAAACAAGGGACAACUGUCAAGACCAUUCAAGAAGCAUCCCAGUGUAUUGUUAGAGUUCUUGGAACAGAGGAUCUUCCUGUUUUUGCACUUCAAGAUGAUAGGAUAGUUGAAGUAGUAGGGGAGCCUGCAAGUGUACACAAGGCAGUUGAGUUAAUUGCUAAUCACUUGAGGAAAUUUUUGGUUGAUCGCAGCAUAAUCCCAGUAUUUGAGAUGCAAAUGCAAAUGCCAAAUCGACCAGUGGAACACAUGCCACCUCCACAGUCUUGGGGUCCUCCUCCCCAAGCUUUCCCCUCAAGCGCUGCUGGAGGUCCGGGAUAUGGAUCUAAUCCUCAUUUCAUGCCACCACCAUCAAGGCAACAUGAUAGUUAUUACCCUCCAGCUGACAUGCCACCAUCGAGGCAACAUGAUAGUUAUUAUGCUCCAGUUGACAUGCCACCCCCACUGGAGAAACAACCUCAUCAGGGAAUUUCUGCAUAUGGAAGAGAAACUCCUAUGUCAAUGCAUUCAUCAUCCAACAACACAACCGCACCGUCUCUGAUUACUCAGCUUCAACUCUACAUGCCCAUCUUUCCCACCAUUCUGUUGAAAGAAACCAAAAGGCUGGCAGUCAUUCACUAAAAGACAGGUGGGAAUUACCAAAAAAGGGGAAAUUGCUACACACCCUAUAUGCACUUCAGUAACAGGUAUCAAAUUGUAGUGGGUGAUACCUUGAUGCACUAUAGUGCAGGUUAUUUAGCUAAGCAAGAAAUGCAUAAAUGGUAGGGUAGCUUUUGUAGAAUUUUAUUCCCAGGCAGUUCUGUUAACUAAGCUAGUCGGACAACUCCUAGCUUUACUUGAGAAGUACUCCCUGCCAGGUUUUUUGGAGUUAGAGGUUCAACCUAUCUAAUUUUCUGUGUGACUUUGGACAUACAUUUCUUAAUUUUGUAAAAAGAAAAUUUGCUUGAUUAGAGAUUUUGUUAAUGUACUUAUAAAUCACAAUAUUCUAUAGUUAAAAUAUUUUGAUUUUUUUUGAGAAAAUUGUAGUUGAAGAAAAUUUUGACUUCCGAAAUAGUAAUAGGUGUUACUAUGAUGUGAUACAGGGAGAAUAUAUUUUAGGACUCAUUUUGUAACUUGUGUCGCUUCCAAUAAUUUUCACUCAUUUAGUGACGUGUUGCUUCCAAUCUUAAUCAUUGUUUUCGUCCAUUUUUUCCCCGCAAAGACUGCUCAAUCAGUUACUUGAUCUUUUAGGCUUCUUUUUUGCCUGCUUUUGUAUCGUUUGAUUUCUUGUUUCUCCGAGCUUCUUUUGUGACCUCAGUUGGUACUUCGUUGGUUAAACAAACUUGAUUUCCUGAUAUAUCAUGGUUUUCUUUUAGCAUUUUUAGAGAUGUCUUAGGCUUGUAAUGGCAUUGUUGUUUUCAGUUGGUGCCAAUCUGAAUCACUGCAUUAUGCACAAAUAGCAUAUAUCCUUGGCCUUACACUGAUACUUUAUCAAAUUGGAUACUUAGCUGAGAAUUAAGGAUUGAACUUCAGAAAUAUUUUUAGAUUGCAAAAAUAUUGGCAAUUUAUAUGCAAGACAUCCUAAGCAAACCUAAUAUGGUCACGAUGAAGUGCUAGUAAACAAAAUGAGAAAAAGAAAGAUAUUCAUGUGCGAGUUUUUGCUUGUUCUGAGGGCAUAGUU